AUGCAAAAUCCACCAUCAUAUCCAGCGUCAUCGUCAUACCGUUGCUAUCCGUCUAAUGUCACUAAUCCACAAUCCGCUGAUACUUCGUCGCUACUUUCAUCAUCAACGCAACUAUCACCAAAUCAAUUCCCGAACUAUGCCUACUGCUAUCAACCAUCUACCUCAAACGUCUUCCCGAACACCCUAUCAGCACCAACUUCAUCUUUCUGCGAUUAUUCCCCACAUCAUUCCACUUAUCAAUGUCAUACGGUGAUGCCCAAUGCACAGAUCGCCUGCACUGAUUUUUUGAGGAGCAAUAGUGCUCCUAAUACAGCCGUAACAACGACAAUUUACAAUCGUCAUAAUUUCAAUCAUUAUUACGACAUGAAUGACGUAUCCAGUAGGCAACCUAUUUAUGAGUGGAUGCUUGAAAAAGAUAAAGAACGAAAACGAAACGACAAUACGCAGAAACGACACAGUACCCCGACGAUCACUCUGAAUUCAGGUACGACAAUUACUUUUUCAAUAUAUUAUGGAUGA